AGGAUUAGUAGAGCGAGCACAGACUGUAGUGGGGAAGCUGAAGUGAGGAGGCUGUUCUUGAGAGUGCUAACAUCCGAGCAUUGAACUGCAGAGGUGUUCCUUCAAUGGACAUCUCUGAUCCGUCAGGAAGCGUCGAGACACUAAAGGGAAACCUUGAAACACUCAGUAAGUGUGUGGUGUGACUCUGCUGGUCCCAGUUCCCGGACAGUGGCCUGCAGACAGACCUGCUGACCAGACACGGAGAGCGAAGCAGGCAUGGUUCUGCUGGAGGGAGCGGAGCUGGACAAGACCAGGACCAGGGUUCGACUGGAGCCCUUCGCUCACCAGGUGGGGGGCCACACGUCGAUGAUGCACUACGAUGAGACCACAAUAUGCAAGCCCCUCUUCUCCCAAGAGCAGGUCUUCUAUGAAUCACUGCCAGCUGACAUGAAGCCCUUCACCCCCCAGUACAGAGGGCUCAUCUCUGUUUACUUGGAGAAGGAUAGCAGAGGGCACAUCAGCCUGGUCGCCUUUCCUCAGAAUGACAAUGAGAGCCCAGCCCAAGAAUCUCCUGUGGCAACAAGGAGGAUACAACAGAGAGCCAAGACCAGCUGUGCAGCAGAGCACAAACCAGCCCGAGAGGGACCCCUGCUGGACAGAACCUGCAAUGACAGCAGAAGCAGUGUGUGCGGGACGGAGACGGGGAAGGGGAAGCAGGACACCUCCUUCCACACGAAGGAUUCCAACGGGAAUGAGAGUGCCACUCCGGAGAGGAGCAGCCACAACCCCUGGGGGCUUCACUGCCACCGCGCCCAGCUCACACGCAUGUCCUCAGUCAGCAAAGACAACACGCCCUACAAAUUCCUGCUGCUGGAGAACGUGGCAUCUGCGUUCCAGCUGCCCUGCAUCCUGGACCUGAAGAUGGGCACGCGGCAGCACGGGGAGGACGCCUCAGAGGAGAAGAAGAGGCGCCACAUGAAGAAGUGUGAGCAGAGCACCUCCUCCUCGCUGGGCCUGAGGCUGGGCGGCAUGCAGGUCUACCAGGCGACCACCGGCCAUUUCCUGUGCAGGAACAAGUAUGACGGGCGGACGCUGACGGCGGAGGGCUUCCGGCAGGCUCUUUACCAGUACCUGCACGACGGGCUCCAGCUGAAGAGGGAGCUCCUCCAGCCGGUCCUGCAGAAGCUUAGUGCCCUGCGGGCAGUCAUCGAGCGCCAGGGCUCCUACCGCUUCUACUCCAGCUCCUUGCUCCUCAUUUACGAGGGCAAGAACAACAGCCCGGGCCGGUCCCCCUUCAGCACCCCGCCCAGAGUCGACGUCCGCAUGAUAGAUUUCGCUCACACCACCUGCAGGGGUGCCACACCCAACCACUCCGCGUACGAGGGACCCGAUCGCGGCUACAUUUUCGGGGUGGAGAACCUGAUUAAUAUGCUCCAGGAAAUCAAGGACGGAGACUGAAGCAGCUUUGCAAUGGACAUCUCGCGAGCCAUGUGCUCUGGAAACCACGCCUCGACCCAGCGGCUUACAGGCAGCCUUCGCAACCCUGUCACUUUAUACUUGAGGCUGCAGCAGCAGAAGGCAACUUAGCAGUAGAUGUGAUGUCAGCAGCCCAGCGCAUUGUUUCAUGUGCUGAGCGCUCAUUUUCAAAAGCUGUAGCCACCAGUUCAUGGAAGCAGUUUGUGCAUGACACAAGCAAAUACUCUACCGGGUGUUUCAGGGCCAAACGGCUCCCAAUUUUAGCAUAAACAUAUUUUAAAUGCUGCUUAUGCCCUGCAAAGCUCCGGAAGAUUCAGGGUUCCCCCAUUGUUGCUCCUUGCUUGUGAACAUUGCUGGAAGAACAAUAACACUCCUGUGUGCUCCUGCUGUGGAACUCCAUGCCAGAGCAUGACGGCACAUCUGAGUCUUUAAAAAAAAAAAUCAAAUCUCGUUUAAAACUGACUGACUUGAACUGCUCAGAGCCCUGUUUAGAUGUUAUCAAUACAUGGAAUAUUUUGGUGUUGGAACACAAUGAAACUGCUAAGGACAUUCCAGGUUGAAAUGUCCCAGAUUACUGCAAUAACCCUGCAAUCAAUAUUUUUUUCCAGCUAAGUAUUUUGUAAAUGAAUUGCAGAUGGAAGCUUGUAAUCUGCAUAUUCUAUGUUUUAAAAAGGAACGGUGCUAAUAGAUUUGUGCUGAUGGGCUUGUUUUUCUGUAUAAUCGUAUCCAUUGCUAUAAGCAUCUGCUUGUGUUAUAUAUGUAUCUGCUUGCUGAUCAUGGAAUGGAUAUUAUCUGAAGCUACCUGCUCCUGAAUGUUGCUUAAGUUUAUAACAUUUCUCCAAGAGAUAUCUGCAAGAGAACAGUUCAAAGUAGCAAUGCUGCAUCUACAGUUACAACGGAUAAUAAACAUUAUUCUUUA